AGACGAAAAGAAAAGCAGAUCAAAAUCCAACGAGACAUAAGUAAAGAAAUGAAAAGAAAAACCUGAGAAAAAGCAAAAACCUGGACUCGAUGAUUCUCUCGAUGUCGGCGACGCCGUAGACAUUCCAUCAUUGCUGCUGCUUCUUGCUUUUCCUCUCUUUUCUCAAGUUCGUAUGUUGUGGAUGGCGGAGUGUUUUUCCAUUUCGAUGCCUCUCGGAACUGUAUAGCAAUAUGCAGGAGUAGCUUACUGUAGCUGUAGCUUUUGGGUUGGUGCGAAACUCGGUAGAUUUGAUCAUGGGCGUUUCGCCGGAGUCGGGCCGCGAGAAGCCUGUCGACUUCCGAGCCCCACCGCCGUCCCCGGUGGCGUCAGGCCGGCGGUCGUGCGUCACAAACGACGACGUCUUGACCGAGUUCUUGGAGAGCUCGCUCCGAGUCCCGGAUCUCGUCUUGCCCGACAAGAUCUUCCCGAAGCAGAAGUUCAUCGAGAACCCCUCGAGCAUGGACUUCGGCUCGUUGGGCACGCCGGGGAGCGACUCCGCGUCGAGGAUGUUGGAUUCCAUAGCGAGGGUCGGAUGCUUUCAGCUGGUGAACCACGGGAUCGGGCGCGAGUCCUCGCACGGCGCAAUGACGGCCGCUGCCGGGAUCUUUCUGGUGCCACCGGAGAAGAGGGCGGCAGCGAUGAGGUCGCCGGAGAAGCCUUACGGGUUUGAGGAAGUCCACGGCAGCGGUGAGGAAGAAGACGGCAGCGAGUUGGCUGAAGAGUUUGUGUGGAGUAGAGAGGAAGGGUUGGAGGCGGAGCUGCAGAGAGUAUGGCCAUUGGGUUAUUCAAAUUUCCGUGAUGAAAUGGUGAAACUUCAAUCGCAUGUUGAGAAGAUUGCAGAGAGGGUCAUGACAGUUCUCUGGGAGCAAUGUCUUGAAGAAUCCACGCGCGGAAACGAUGGCAUGAAAGGCGAAGGAUGUGCCGGUGCCGACACCGGAACAAUGUGCUGCAUUCUUAAGCACAGUAAGAACGUCCUGGACGAUGAUCGGUGGGCGAGCUCUCUCAGGUACGACGUGAUCAGGAUGAUGAUCAGAGGAGCCGAUUACUCCCACGCCUUGUGUUUGCACUUGUGCGACGGCGCCUCGGAGUUUCAUGUGUACUCCAAGAAAGGGUGGGUCUCGUUUUGCCCCGAUAAACACUCUUUGAUUGUCACGGUUGGAGAUCAAUUUCAGGCAUUGAGUGGCGGGCGGUACAAGCAUGUGGUAGGGAGACCGAUCUUCAAGAGCGAGACGGAGGACCGCAUCUCAAUGGCUUUCCUCUGCUCGCCUCCACAGCGCACGCCGGCUUCCAAUGAUGAAGAGCGCUGCGGCGGGAGGAACACGGUCUCCGUCGGCCAACAAGUCAUGGCGGCCAUCGUUCUAAGCCUUGCGUACCAUCUUUUCCUUUACAUUCUCAACAAGUUUUGAUCAUCUUUGGUUACUUCUUUCGAUUGUGGAUACAGCACGGGGAGGACCAUAUGCAAAGCAAGAGGCUUCUUGUUUUCCUUGAGUGAAGGGCGAGGUGUUCUUUGACUUUUUACAUGAUUGUUGACAGAUUUUGUAUGGCUUUUGAAGAAGUAAAUAGUUAGGUGAAGUUUCAGACAUUGAUCAGUUUGCUGGAUUCUUUCAUCUAUUACUUCAAUCCAGAAAUAAAGAGUCAAUGGACUCGACAUUUACACAUUUA